CAGACCUGUCUUUGUGCCCGGCGCUAUUUGUCUGUGCUGCGGGUUACUGUACCGUUCAUGUAACGCGGAUGCUGAGAGGACUCCAGCAGGGCGACGAGAGGAGCCGGGGUGUGGAGAGUGACUAAACGGAGAAACGAGCCCCCUCUGCUGCAGUCAGAGACGCAGCCUGCGGAAGUACGGCGAGCGGACGGACACACGGACGGAGCCACCAGCAGCCACCAGCAGCACGAGUACGCAGAGCGGAACAAUCAGGACCAAUCACUCAGCUGGCCACCCGGCUCCUGCAGACUGCCAAUCAAUCAGCUCACAGAGGGCGUCGUCACCAUGCAGAGGGAGGAGCCGCCGGCGGGGGAGGAGUUUGGCUAUGACUGCAUGCCCACGCUGGAGCGGGGGGCGGGGAUGGGGGGCCGCCGGCCGGAGCGCGACAGCUACACGGUGGACGUGCGCGCCAGCGACCUGCACCUGCCCCACUCCCAGCCCAUGCACCCCUGCCUCAGCUACAGGGCCUGGCUCUACAGCGUCCUCAUCGGGGGCAGUCUGUUGAUCACAGCAGGGUUCUCUCUGUACCUGGGCAACGUCUUCCCAGCCGCCAUGGACUACCUGCGCUGUGCAGCAGGCUCUAGUAUCCCCGCAGCGGUGGUGAGCUUCGCCAUUGCCAAGAACAGACACAUUGCAGUGUCAGAUUUCCAGGUGGUGUUCGUCUCCACCUUCGCUAUCACGACCACCUGCCUGGUGUGGUUCGGCUGCAAGCUGGUGCUGAGCCCCUCUGCCAUCAACAUCAACUUCAAUCUGAUCCUGCUGAUUCUGCUGGAGGUUCUGAUGGCCAGCACUGUCAUCCUGUCCGCCCGCUCCGCGGAGGACUGCUGCAGCCACAGCAAGCCAGUGACGUGUGAGGGGCCUGUGGUCCUGACUCCGCCCACUUUCCCCACCCGCCUGCUCAAGGCCUACUCAGUUAUUGAGGUGAUUGUGGGAAUCUCUGCUGUUUUUGGGGGUAUCAUUGCUCUCAACAUGGAUGCUCUGGUCCCAGGACCCUACCUGUCCGUCACCUUCUUCUGGAUCUUAGUGGCCUGUUUUCCCAGCGCUAUCGCUAGCCACGUGGUGGCGGAAUACCCCAACAAGUGCCUGGUGGAGAUGCUGAUCGCCAUCAGCAGUGUGACGUCUCCUCUGCUCUUCUCUGCCUCCGGCUUCCUGUCCUGCAGCGUGCUGAGCUUUGUCGACAUCUUCCUGCAGGAGGUCCCGGUAGCCAAGCAAUCCUACGACGUCCUGCUGCUGAUCCUCAUGCUGCUGCUGCUGGCGCAGGCGGUGCUGACCCUGGUCACCGUGGUCCACUGCGCCUCCUACAAGACCCAGCUGCGCCUGGGGGGCGCGGACAGGGAGCGGUGCACGCCGCCGCCCCCCCAGCACUGCGAGCAGCAAACGGCCAAUGGCAGCCUGCGAGAGUUUGACAAAGACAAAGCAUGGAAGGCUGUGGUGGUGCAAAUGGCACAGUGACGAGAGAGAGGGAGAGAAAGAGGGAGAGAGUGGAGGAGAAGAGAAGACAAAAAAAAAGCUAUGGAGCUAAACGGUAGACAGCAGAGAACAGAGUGAGUUAAAAGGAGAGAGAAGAUAAAAGUGAGACAGAGGCAUCUGAGCACUCAUGCCUCUCUGAAGUUUCGCUACCUGCUUUAACAAUCAUGUUACUACUGCGUACAAUCUGUAGACCUGGAGCUGUAGGCAUUACUGGAUGCUCCUAAUCUCUCAGUACAGUUACUA